UCGGAUACCUUGCAUGGCGAUUGAAGACCAUACAAAGAAAAACAGCAGAGGAAAGAGGUGCCUCAGUCAGCAAAUCUCCUAAAGUUGGUGGGCCAGGCCGUGAUCGUCAGCCCUUCACCUAUGACAGAGAGCCAUCUGAUGAGGAUGUGGAAGCAGCUAUUGCUGUUUUGAGACACUCUGCUGAUGAAAACACUGUCCGUGAGAAGAUGAAAAUGACCUUCAUAUAUCGGCAAGCAAUGGUCAACGAUGAAGCCAAAUCAUCAGAUGUCUUCUCGGUCUUCCCAAGAUUUCUGGACACACCAGGACUGAUAGAACAAGAUUUCAGACUUCUGUUUGGUGAGGCCACAGCCAACAAAUUCUUGGAGAAGUGGCCAACCACUUUCAAAGCAAAAGUAAUAAAGGAAAGCCAUGGACUUGUAUCCACCACAGAACUCUUGGAUUUGAUGCGCAAUGCUGAGUCAGCUGCUGAAGUUGAGAAUGGCUGGGACAGUGACAUGUCUGCCAUCUUGCUGCUGCUACAUUUGCUACCACCAUCUGCACAAGGUAGAAAGAGGCCGGGAAAGAUGUCUGCAUAUCAAGCUGUAGAUCAGCUCAUCAGAUUUCAAAAGGUUGGAACCAGUGUGCAGCAGCAUCUUGACAACAUCACCCAAAGCAGUCAGCCCUACCUUCUCGCCCAGGGAUCCACACAGAGCAGCAUUCACUCCUACUUCAUUGUGGUUGACAAGCAUGCUCUUCCAUGCAAGGCAACAGGUUCAGUAGGAGCUUUUGACGAAGUCUUUAAAGCCCAUUACGUAUUUGGUACGUCAUACAGUUCUUCCUUGAGCAGCUUUUUUCACUUUUGUGCAAACAACCAUCUAUAACAUCGACAUGGGGGAAACAAAGGAGACUCCUAGAGUUGCUGAGUUGCGAGCAAGAAUGGUGCGUUAGUUGAGAUAAAACUAUGAAGUGUUUUCUUUGCAAAAGUGACCAUGGAAGUCCAAACAACCUUGUUAAGCACCUUAAGAUAAUUCAUGGGCUAUGUACAGGCAGGACUCUUUUUCUGAAAUGUGGUCAAGAAGGAUGCUCACGUUCUUUUGGUAGCUUUUCUGGUUUUAGAAAACAUCUUAACAAGUGCCACGGAGAAAGUUUAGUAGAUUCUAUAGAAGAUGAUCUUUCAGACCCUCAAAGUACCGUCAACACCAGUAAUAUUUCUCAUGUUGAAGUGUCGACUGAAUGUUUAGAGGCUGAGUCAGAGUUAUCUUCGCCAUACAUUGUAAAUAGUUGUGCAGCUGUUAUUUCUGAUCUAAAGGCAGCAGGUGUUGGUCAAAGUACAGUAAAUACUGUAGUGAUUUCCAUGGAAGAGAUUGUUCAAGAUAUUCAUCAGCAUGCUAAAGAAACAGUGAUAAAGCAUGUAUUUAGUAAUGAAAGAGAAACAGAAAUGUGCAAGAAAGUUGAGGCGUGUUUUGAGGGGUUAGAGAAUCCUUUCACAGUUCUAAAUUCGGAAUACAAGCGAUCAAAAUUUAUGACUGCCAAGUGGGAAAUAGUAGAACCAGUUGAAUGUGUGAUUGGUUCAAGAUUUGACACAAGACUAAAUAAAAAGACUGGAACAUAUGAUCAGGUAGUAGUUCAAGAUAAAUUCAUGUAUAUUCCAAUUUUAUCUACACUGCAGUCAAUAUUUAAAAGUCAGUAUUUUGCAGAAAUGUUGCAAAGCUCAGCUACCAGCAACUCUAGACUGAGAGAUAUUUGUGAUGGAUCUUUUUUUAAAAGUCACCCCCUGUUCUCAACUGAGAAGCAGACAAUACAGGUCCAGAUGUUCUAUGAUGAUUUUGAGGUCGCCAACCCAUUGGGUUCCAAGCGAGGUAUUCAUAAAUUGGGUGGAGUAUAUUUUACUUUAAGAAACUUCUCUCCAAAAUGGAAUUCUUUUUGGCUAACAUACACCUGUGCGCCUUAUUUCAUACUCAAGAUGUUAAACGAUAUGGUUUUAGUGAAAUUUUUGCUCCCAUUGUUCGAGACAUUAAAGUGUUAGAGAGCGAUGGUAUUGAGAUUCCA